CUGAGUGCAGUCAGCGAAGAUUGUUUUGGAUUCUCCCGGCGGCGACUCAACAUUUUGCCAAGAAUUCUAAAAGCAGAACGUAAUUCAAAACCAAAGGUAGUACUAAUGGCUCAAUCUUAUGGUGGUAGCGAGUAUAACAUCAACACAACUGGACUCAGUCAGUUGAAUCCUCAUGGAUUGGGAGAUCCCAACGACAGAAGCCUUCGAAAAGUUGAAGUCGAAGUACUCAUCCCAAAAAUUAUGCGAGAACGAUCAAAAGUGGAAAAAUGCAUAGAGGAAGUUUCUAAAUUUGAAGCCUGCUGCAAAGAUUCGGGCAUCCUAAUGACUGUGAAAUGUCAAAAGCAGAAUGAAGCUCUUAAAGCCUGCAGCCUCAAAUGGUACAAUGACGAACAAUUCAAGUCAGAGUGCAAAGAGAUUUAUCUUAAAGAACGGAGCGAAUAUAGACGGACUGGAAUCCCAAAGAAAUAUCGGAAUUUAGAGCAAGCUAAUCAGUAGAUAUUUUGUGUUGUGUUAUAGAAUUUAUUAACAGUGAAACAGACCAGUUCUUUAACUA